AUGGACUCGCGAGAGUCGUCCUUCAAGGGCUUAUUCCAUCGCGUACGGGGCGCCUUUACACGACAAGGAAGCUCAGAGGGAAGCGGCUUGCAGGUCGUGCAGGACCCAGAAGAUGCAGAAAUAGACAUCGUGGCCGUUCAUGGCCUUGGUGGACAAGGCUUUAAAUCAUGGAUCUCGCUUGAGGGCGGCAAGUCCAAAUCCUGGUUGGAGGACCUUCUCGCAAAGGAUAUUCCCAACGCAAGAAUCAUGACCUAUGGCUAUAUUUCCGAUGGAGCCAACUACCGGUAUCUCGUACGCAACGUGCUUUAUGGCAGGGCCUUGGACUUGGUCAAAGAGCUAGGGAGCCAACGCAGUCGUGAUGGGACAAACGAACGACCACUAUUCUUCAUUGCGCAUAGCUUAGGCGGGUGGAUCGUCAAGCGCGCUCUCAUAAUCUCCAGCGAGGCUAUAGAUGCAGAGCUCAAAGACAUUGAGCUGUCGACUUGUGGAGUUGCAUUUUUGGGGACCUUGUCUCCUGGGAGACCACUAUCGCCAACACCGCUUGCACAUGUCAUUCGAAGGACGACAUCGGGGUUUAAUGACCAUCCAAGUUCUACUCGCGGGCAAUCCAUGCAGGCGCAUGAUAUCGAAUGGUUGGAAAGUCAGAUGGAAGCGUUCAAGGCAAUCACAGCGGCCCUGCCGCAGCUCUCCUUUCAUGAGACGAAGCGGUCGGAGCAUGGGUUUGUCGUCGAACAGCGGCAUUCCAUGUCUGGCUCAGAUGGUGUGCAGAUUGGCUUGUCCGCUACUCAUUCGGGCUUGAUUCAAUUUGAGGGUCGCGAUGCAAACUACCAGACGUUUGUAGAAAAGUUCCGCGAAAUGAUACAUAAAGCCAAAGAAUCCGGGCUAUUGGAGACGAAGCGAAAGGCAUUUGACCAUGUGACGGGUUUCGAUAUUCCAUACAGGCUGCCCGGUGACCCGGGCGUCAUCAUACAUAGAAAUAGUCUGCUCGAACUCGUCGAGGCGAGCUUCAAACCGUCCCCAGAUCGGCAAGCCCUGAACAUCAGUAUCGCCGGCCUAUGGGGAGAUGCUGGCGUUGGCAAGACUACUCUUGCUAGGGACUACGCCGAGGUCAACAAGAACGAGCUUUCCUUCGUCUUCUGGAUCUGGGCCGAGAGUUGGGAUACAGUCGUUACGAGUUAUCUGGAGUUUGCCAAUAACCUGGUCCAGUACUACUCCAAGAACACUGAUCGAACUCGAGUAGAAAACGAACUUGGACUCACAGGAGUCGAAGAUAUGCUCAAAGUAAAAAGCAUUCAACAGUUAGAUAGAUUGAGAGUCAAGGCUGUGGUCCGAGCCGUCAAAGAUUGGUUGAUGAGACCUGAAAAUGACCGAUGGCUCCUCAUUUUCGACAAUGUUGAACCAUCAUUCGAUAUAUCCGACUUCAUUCCCCUCACGCUCACUGGUAAGAUUAUCCAGACUUCAAGGGAUAGUAGCAACUGUAUAUGGGGAAAGAAAUUGCGUAUCGGGCCCAUGAUGGAUGAAGAAGCAGUGGAACUGCUUCGUUCUGCGGCUGGGGUCGAGUCUUUGGGGGCCGACUCAGAAGGCGAAGCAGCGUAUAGAUUAGUACGGCAGCUCAAAUGUCACCCUCAGAGCAUAGCCAUUGCUGCCUCUACUAUCAGCAAAAAGGGACUCGAAAUCUCCCAAUACCAGAAGGAGCUUGAUUCUAAUAUGCCGCUUCGGAUACUAGGUUCCACGCUGGACCAGUCUUCCGUCACAAGAACAGUACUUCGUGUUAGCGCAAUGCUUUCAUACACAGUCAUUCCUGUUGCCUUGUUCAGUCGGCCCAAAGAGCCAAAGCACACGCCUGCACGGUUUACGGAUGCUUUUGCGGAAAUUAGAGCAUUUCAAGAUGCAAACCGACUUGAUGACGUUUUGCAAUACCUUUUUGAUCAAAACUUCAUACAGACCGCUUCUUCUGAUUCACCACCACCGUCAGCAACUUCAUCGCCCAGCUCACCCUCAGCAUCGCAAGACACAAAUUCCUCAACAACAUCGUUUGAAACUUUUAGACUAGACCCUGCGGCCCGUGAAUAUGUGCGGGCAACACUCAAAGAUGGAGAACAAAAGGAAAACGCAUGGCUGGCCUGCAACAUCUGCGUAGAUGGCAUCCGGGAAAAGGAGACAGCUUCGUCGAGUCUACCGGAAAUCCACGACUUUGGAAGAAUCAUGGCUCCCCACGCAAAGACUUGUUAUGAUGAUUGGUCUGGGAUUCUAGAACACGAUGAGGAUGACGUCGCAUGGCAGGUAUUGGGAAAUGUAUGCAUGACACAAGGUGCGAUAGACCAAGCUAUUGGUUGCUUUGAACUUUCGCUACGACAAAAAUCGAAUUUGGAUGCUAAAGAAAGGAUCGAAACCUCCCUAUCUCUUGCAUCGCUGCUUCAACAAGCAGGACAACACGAAAAGAGCGCAGAAGUCUUGACGAAUAUUGACUUGGCGUCUAUCGACAAAGCUCUUGGCUUCCGUGUGGCUCUGGCAAAAGUAUCAGCCGCUGCUGCCUUGGGGGAUUUUGAUUAUGUCGAGGACCAAUAUGAAAUUAUCGAGCACAGGCAAGAGGCAGAGCUUGGUCCAACAGAUGCGGCGACUGUGAGCACGGUGCAAAAGCUCGCCUCUACGCUGGAACAGCUGGGGAAGAUGGAGGAGGCGCAGGCGUUAUAUCGUCGGGUAUACAUCUCCUACCAAAGUAUGUUUGGACAGAGCCACCCCAUUACCGUUGAAGCUCUCGAUGAGCUUGCCCAUGUAUCCAAAGAGAGCAACGCGAUAGACGAAGCCGAGGCGCUCUACAAAAAGUCGCUUGAGAUCAAAACCAGGACCCUUGGAGCCGAUCAUCCUAGCACAGCUCAUGCGAUGCAGAAGCUGGCCGUUAUUGAUGAUAUGCGUUGUCGUUACGAAGAUGCCAAGACAAAGUAUCAAAAAGCUCUGGAUAUCAUGGCCGCUUCACUGGGCAGAGCUCACCCUCUUUAUACAGCUACGAUGGAAAAUCUAGCAUUAAGCUGUCGCUGGCGAGCCCACUCAUUGGGAGAGGAAGACGAGACGGGUUCGAUUAUCUCGUCCGGAACAGAUACCCCAACACGAGCUCUUCGUUCGCGAGCCCGACGCCGUUUAACGCUCAACUCGAUGAAUACCAUCACUCAGGCAGGUCACUCAAACAGAUACAAAGAAGAAGCCGUGCUUCGGGAUGCUUCCCGCCGUCGGGCGUUUGCCGAGGCAGAAAAACUCUACCUCGAUGUGCUUGCUAUAAAGAAGUCGGCGACUGAACUGUACCGUGAAGGAGAGGCCCUUGAGACGGGAUCCAAGUUGCGAGAGAUGUAUGAGAGUGAGCCAUUUUUCGACGAUUGUCGGGAUGAAAAAGUCUUGGCUUUGAUGGGGCUUUUGCGAGAGAUGAGAAGGAGAGGGACAUUAUAA